AUGCCUUUGCAGAGUGAUCAAGAUCUUCAACCUAAGCCUCCAAGAAAGGAUUAUAGGAAUAUGGAACCUGUAGGCUACAUUCUUAUAUUCUUUUCGAUCUUCUUUGGCUUACUUUUGCUUUGGGUUAUUUGCAAUAUUGUAGAAUGCAUUAUGGCAUGGCAACGCAGAAGAACAAAAAAGCUUUCUGACUUAGAACCAAUACCAAUAGAUGAAUAUUCGGACUCUGAAGAAUAA